CCAGCAAGAAACCCUGUUCCUUCUGCCCUCUGCCGUCCCUGGCUUGUAGCUCGAAUCUGCACUGCAUGGGUGAAAGGUGGGCAAAAUGUCCCAGAAAAACAAGCUUCAUCAUUGUUUGCUCUGCAUCCUCUCUCCUAAUUUUUAUUUGAUCUGAUUAAUGAUUAAUGGAGAACACUGCUGUUCAGCAAUAAUUAAUAGAGCAAGGAGCAGUCCAGAUCAGAUGGACCCAGUAGGAUCCUUUGCAAUGUACUAAUAAAUCCAAAGGAAAAUGAAGCCCACCCUCUCUGUGUGUUUGUUACUGACUGGACUUCAAGCAGUCAGUCAUUGUCAUCGCCAGCCUGAUCACCGCAAUGACUGGGAUGGUCAUAAAGAUGCAUCCACCAGGGAACACAAUUGCCCUGUUGAAGAAGUUUAUCCAUGUGAAAGCAAGGCCUACUUCAAACUGGCCCCCAGCAAUAUUGACUUCGCAUUUAGAUUUUACAAGCAAGUUAUAUCAGAGGCAGCUGACAAAAAUAUUUUCUUCUCUCCCAUAAGCAUCUCUACUGCCUUUGCAAUGCUGGCACUUGGGGCUAAAUCAGCUACUCUGAAUCAGAUUCACAAAGGACUCACCUUUGACCUGAACAAGACUCAGGAAAAGGAGAUACAUGAAGGCUUUUGCCACCUCAUUUGUGCACUAAACCGUCCAGACAGGGAGAUCCAGCUGAAUAUGGGAAAUGCCCUUUUCCUAAGAGAGACACUGAAACCACUAAAAAAGUUUUUAGAAGAUGUUAAAAACUUUUAUAAAUCAGAAGUUUUUUCUAGUGACUUUAACAAUUCUACCAAUGCUGUGAAACAGAUCAAUAAUUACAUUGAGAAGAAAAGCCACGGGAAAAUUGUUGAUUUAGUCCAGGAUCUUGAUCCACUCACUGUAAUGAUUCUCAUUAACUACGUUUUCUUUAAAGCCGAUUGGGAAAAGCCCUUUAAUUAUUUUUACACAAAAGAAGAGGAUUUUUUUGUGGAUGGGGAAACCUCUGUUAAAGUUAAUAUGAUGUACCGCAAGGGCAGUUACAAACAUCACUAUGAUAAGGAGCUGUCUUGCUGGCUGGUGCAAAUACCUUACAGCGGAAAGGCUGUCGCAUUGUUUAUUCUGCCUGAUGAAGGAAAAAUGAAGGAGGUGGAAAAAGCUCUCAUGAAUAAAACUUUGUCUAAAUGGAAAAAGGCCUUCAAAGAAAGAACAAUAUAUCUGCACAUUCCAAAAUUUUCUAUUUCUGGUACCUAUGACAUAAAAGAGAUAUUCCAGAAAAUGGGUGUGAUCGAUGUGUUCACUGACCAAGCUGAUCUGUCUGGGAUCACUGAAAAGUCUGAACUAAAGGUUUCAAAAGUCAUUCACAAGGCUGUAUUGAAUGUUCAUGAGAACGGCACUGAGGCUGCAGGAGUCACUGUCGUGGAAAUUUCAUGGAGGGCUGGUCAAAUUUCUGCUCCUCCUCGAAUUAAAUUCAACAGGCCCUUCUUGCUGAUGAUUUUUGAUAGGCAUACCCGCAGCAUCCUCUUCUUGGGGAAAAUCAUAAACCCUAGUGGAAAAUAAGUGAUCAGCUGCUGAUCAUGUGUGCAGUGCUUCCACGUAGUGCUGGCAAAAUUCAGGUGAUUCAGCAAAGGACAUGCACAGUGCUAGGGACUGUAUUUAGACCAUUAUUCACGUACAUUCCUAAACCCACAAAACAUGAAUGUAGCAUUUCCUUGCCUAUAAACAGCUGAUAUUUCUUCCUUGCUGUGUACAACUUACAUCAUAACAAAUCACCAAUAAUCUAAAUAAAUCUGAUUUCCUUUCCCCUGUUUUGUAAGUAGUCCUUACUGAAAGGCUCCUGUGCGGUCUUUAAGAUACAAAGGGCUUGGCUACAAAAACAAUUAGCCCACCACGAGCUGGGGUGUGAAUCUACCCUGCACUAGCCUGCUGUGGACUUACUGUCAGUUUGCACCCUGCUGACAUGCAUUAACAGUUUGUUAAUGUGCUUUGAGCUCCUUCCAAAGGGAGCUAGAUCAGAAUGCUCUAAUGAAGUGACACACGUGAGCAGGGUAUACAUGGACAGUUAGACCACAGCAAGGUAGGGCAGGAUAGAUUAGCAAUCCCAGUUUGCCAUGGUCUAAUUGUUCGUGUAGACAAGACUAAAGUCUCUCAGAUGAGUUGUUUUAACAACAGACUUGUUUUAUCAACGUGAUUAACUGACUGGUGAUGAUUGUUCCCAGCAUCCUGUUCUUUGAUACGGCAAGGAAUUCCUGGUCUGGUCUCUUCUACUGUGGGUCCAGGUGCUGGUCUGAAGUUGCAGAUUCAGCUACUGGGUUAAUUUUCUUUUGGGGUUUGUCUACACAGGGAAAAAGCCUGCAGUAGCUGGUGUACACUAGGUAAUGCACACUAGGCACUCUGCACUAAUUCCCUGUGUAUAGACUCUUACUGUGGACCAAGAUCAGGUCUACACUACAGACCUAUGUCAUUUGUAACUACAUCGCUCAGGGGUGUGAAAAAUCCAUGCCCCUGAGCGACGUAGUUAUACUGACCUAGCUCCCUAUGUAGAUAGCACUAUGUUGGUGAAAGAGCUUCUCCUGUUGACAUAGCAACUGCCUCUCGGGGAGGUGGAUUAGCUACGCCAACAGGAGAGCUCUGUCCUGUCAGCCUAGGAGCUUUUUCACUUAAGUGCUGCAGCAGCUCAGCUGCGUUGAUACAGCAUUUUAAGUGUAGACCUGCCCUAAGCAUUCCUUUGUGGGCAUUAGCUUAAUGCCCUUUGGAAGCGUUCUAAGCUAACUGAGGGCACUCAGUGCACUGGAGGAGUGUCAUUCCACAGAGAGUUAGAGAGGAGAAGACCGUGCACUUUAAAUUCACACCCUAGCUUACUGUGCACUAACUUCCUCAUAUAGCCAAGCCCCUGGUCUGCACAAGAAAGGGUUUGUCGGUAUAGUAGCUAUUACCGGCAUUUCUGCAUAUGCAAACCUCCACCCACAGUGGAGACAGCGUAUACAGGCAAAAGAGGUGGGGUUUUUUGGCCAGAAUAGCUUAUGCUACUUCCCCAAAUGAAAUAAACUGUAGCAGCAAAAAAUUGCUGGUAUAACUGUGUCCACACAAGGGCUUUUUGCUGGUAUGUUAUUAAAUCUUAUAAAAAUUCACACCCUUAAAGGAUAUUAUUAUACCGCCAAAAAUUUCCACUGUUGACCUGCCUUAUUCUCUCCAAAAGUUCUCGUUUUGCCUACCAACAGUUCACCUCUGUCGUCACAUAUUCUAGCUAUCUUGUUAGUCUUUCCUCUAAAACAGAGGAAGGUGGAGACAAAUUAUAACUCCACAACACCUGUUCUUGUGCAGCACACUGGGGCCAUGGAACUUUCUUAGGGACUUCUAAACUACUUUUAAACUCACAGAAGUAACACAGACUCACAUAUAAAAUGCAGAUACUGUCUGAGGAACUGCCUUUCCAAAUGUUAACUGCAUUAUUGCGACUGUUACUGACUAAAGAAACAUUGGGACCUGAAAUUUUGAGUCUGGAACCUGCCUGAGUCUAAUUUUUUUGCUUUUGUGUUGUAUCAUUUUUCAGUAACUUUUAAUCAAUUAAUGCCAUUUUAAGAUAUUAGCAACAUUAAA